AUGUCGCUAUUCUUCUUUCGGCUGCAUAACCUUCAGCGCGAGGAAGCCAACAAGAAGCGCAAGAAGGCCCAACAACAGCAGCAGCAGCAGCAGCAGCGACAGCGGCAGCGUCGCGGCGCCAAAGUCUUCCGCGGGCCAUCCUGCAAUUCCGGCAUCAGCCACCUAACGCUCGGACCGUCGCGGCUCUUCGAGAAGACGCCGAUGAGCCCGUCCGACAGUCUGGACGAGAUCGCGCUGCAGAUUCCAAGAGUACGGGUAGAAUACUAUGUAAAUGAAAAUACAUUCAAAGAAAGACUGCAACUAUAUUUUAUAAAGAAUCAAAGAUCAAGUUUAAGGAUACGUAUCGCUAACCUACUAUUCAAGUUACUAACUUGUAUUUUGUACAUAUUUCGUGUAGUUUCGGACCUCGAUCCAACGUUCGCGACUUGCCACGGUUGCAAGGUUUCGAACAAGACGGAAUUCCUAGACUCGGCCAAACUGACGGAGGAGGAGUUCCAGGAGAAUCCGAUCAUCAACUGGGACGCGAUCCUGUGGGUGAACCGGUCAACGGAACUGUGGGCGGUACAGCUGGUCCUGGCGCUCAUUUCGCUGACCGAGGCCCUGCUGAUUGCCUACCUCGGGUACAAGGGAAAUAUAUGGCAGCAGAUUCUAUCAUUCCACUUCAUUUUGGAACUUGUUACAACGAUACCGUUCACCAUUACGAUUUUAUGGCCUCCGUUCAGGAAUCUGUUCAUACCGGUGUUCCUUAACUGCUGGCUGGCUAAGCGCUCCCUGGAGAAUAUGUUCAACGAUCUGCACCGAGCGAUGCAGAAAUCACAGUCAGCCCUCUCCCAGCAGCUGACAAUCCUGUCGGCGACCCUGCUGUGCUUAGUUUUCACAAGCGUGUGUGGCAUUCAGCACUUCCAGCGGGCCGGCCAUCGGCAUCUGAAUCUCUUCCAGAGUACGUACUACGUGGUGGUGACGUUUUCCACCGUCGGCUACGGGGACUUUGUGCCGGACAUUUGGCCCUCGCAGCUCUACAUGGUGAUAAUGAUCUGCGUGGCGCUGAUCGUACUUCCGACGCAGUUCGAGCAGCUCGCCUUCACGUGGAUGGAACGGCAAAAGCUGGGCGGCAGCUAUUCGUCCCACCGGGCCCAGAGCGAAAAGCACGUGGUCGUUUGCUCCACCACGCUGCACGCCGACACCAUCAUGGACUUCCUGAACGAAUUCUACGCCCACCCGCUGCUGCAGGACUACUACGUGGUGCUGCUGAGCCCGAUGGAGCUGGACACGACCAUGCGAAUGAUACUGCAGGUGCCAAUCUGGGCCCAAAGAGUGAUCUACAUUCAGGGAUCCUGCCUAAAGGAUGGUGAUUUAGCGCGAGCCCGGAUGGCGGAAGCGGAGGCCUGUUUCAUCCUGGCGGCACGGAACUACGCGGACAAGACGGCCGCUGACGAGCAUACGAUACUGCGCUCGUGGGCCGUUAAAGAUUUUGCUCCCAAUGUGCCGCAGUAUGUGCAAAUAUUUCGGCCAGAGAACAAGCUACAUGUUAAAUUCGCCGAGCACGUCGUCUGCGAGGACGAGUUCAAAUACGCACUACUAGCAAACAACUGCACGUGCCCCGGGGCGAGUACACUGGUGACACUGCUGCUGCAUACGUCAAGAGGGCAGGAAGGCCAACAGUCGGCCGAAGAGUGGCACCGGUUGUAUGGUAAAUGUUCCGGCAACGAAAUCUACCACAUUGUGCUCGGCGACAGCCGAUUCUUCGGAGAGUAUGAGGGAAAAAGCUUUACGUACGCUAGUUUUCAUUCGCAUAGGAAAUACGGCGUGGCCUUAGUUGGUGUUAGACCGGCCGAACUGCCUGAGUUCUACGAGGACACCAUUCUGCUGAAUCCCGGUCCUCGACAUAUCAUGAAAAAGGAUGACACCUGCUAUUACAUGAGCAUCACCAAGGAGGAAAACUCAGCCUUUGUGGUGAACCAGAACCAAACCCAAAGUCCCGACCAGCCUCCCAAAGAGGAAUCAACGCAUAAUAACAACAACAACAACAACAACAACAGUACGACCGCUAGCAAUAAUCCGCAAAUGGCCCCAGUGCCUUCCGUCUGUGUACGAGUGCCUCACAGUCCGAGCCUGUGCUCAGUCAACUCAGACAGUCCCGGGUCACCGCGGAGGAUUAGAAAACCCCCCGCAAGCAUUGUGCUGGACAGUGAUGUCACCACACUAGCCGUGCCCACCUACACCGAGAGUGCACCCAACUCGGCCUCGAAUGCCAUCACACUGUCGGAUUCGAAAUCGAACCUCAAGGAGGCUAGCACACCGGCCACGGCUACGACGCAGUCCACGCUGGGUCCGCCGGCCAUCACCACGGCUAAUCAUCUGGAAAUUCCGACCAACAACAAUCCCAACCUGCUCAGUCCGGACAUUCUGAACCAGCGGCGAGGAAGCCGCAGGCCAUCGAUUCUGCCGGUGCCGGACAUGUUCACGUCGUCCUCGUUCAGCAUAUCCGGCGAGGACGGGAUCGACGGCGAGGACAACGAAAGCGAUGACGAACUGGAUGAUGACGUUCCGUGGCGGUCCCCUUCGGAGAAGAUCGCCGGUCUCGGAAGUGCCGAGCUGUCCUUGCUGCAAACCGUUUCGCUCGCAAUGAGCUCAUCCGGCGAGUCGAAAUGUUGUAGUUCAACGUCCGAUAGCAAAGAUUCAGAUCAGCACCCACCCCCUGCAUGGCGUACCGAUUGCUCCCGAAUUGUUAAGGGUUUCCCUCCCGUUUCACCUUUCAUCGGAGUUAGUCCGACGCUGUGCUUCCUGCUGAAGGAGAAGAAACCACUCUGCUGCCUACAACUUGCUCAAGUCUGCGAACACUGUAGUUAUCGUAACGCCAAAGAGUACCAGUGGCAGAACAAAACCAUCAUCCUAGCUGCCGACUAUGCUUCGAAUGGUAUCUACAACUUCAUCAUACCGUUGCGGGCGCACUUCCGCUCGAAGACCUCGCUCAAUCCGAUCAUUCUGCUGCUGGAACGGCGACCGGAUAUAGCUUUCCUGGAUGCGAUCUCCUACUUUCCACUGGUUUAUUGGAUGCUAGGUUCCAUCGACUGCUUGGAUGAUCUGUUGCGUGCCGGUAUCACGCUUGCAGAGAAUGUCGUUGUAGUCAACAAAGAACUGUCAAAUUCGGCCGAAGAAGACACACUGGCCGAUUGCAACACGAUAGUGGCAGUGCAAACCAUGUUCAAGUUCUUUCCAAGCAUUCGUAGCAUCACCGAGCUAUCGCAGAGUUCGAAUAUGAGAUUCAUGCAGUUCCGAGCGCACGACAAAUACGCCCUUCACUUGAGCAAAAUGGAGAAGCGAGAGAAGGAACGAGGUUCGCACAUAUCAUACAUGUUCCGAUUGCCGUUCGCCGCCGGGAACGUUUUCAGUGCUUCGAUGCUAGACACGCUGCUGUAUCAGGCGUUCGUCAAGGACUACGUAAUCACCUUCGUGCGGCUGCUGCUGGGUAUCGACCAGGCACCGGGCAGUGGCUUUCUAACUUCGAUGAAAAUCUCAAAGGAUGACAUGUGGAUCCGAACGUACGGCCGUCUGUACCAGAAACUGUGCUCAACGACGUGUGAAAUUCCGAUCGGAAUCUACCGUACGCAGGAGACGAGCGGUUCGGAAGCGUCACAUGUGAGUACUUCGCCCAUCACCGAAAAGUGGCGUCCCUUCGGAUCGUUCGGCAUUAAACAUUGUGUGCGGUUGCGACCAACGUGCGAAGAGGAAGUGGUAACCACAACGGCCACUGCCAGCAGCACUUCGGCUUCCGGGCUCCCGAUCAAGGGUGUCGCGGAAGCGAACCUCCGGGGCGUCACCUACCGGCCGCCACCGGCGACGAGCAUGCGCAAGUCUUCGUCCUGUCUCGGGGGAUGUACCGGCCGCCGGGGAUCGAGCUACUCAAUCAAUAUGGCCGACGAAGCACGCGACAAUCACAUGCAGCAAAUCGAACGGGCGGAGAUAGCGAAUCUGGUGCGAAGUCGCAUGGAGUCGCUCAAUCUGCCCAGCAUCGACUACGACGAUGUGAGUGAGAAGCGGAACAAUCUGUCCUACGUGAUCAUCAACCCGUCGUGCGACUUAAAGCUGGAGGAGGGAGAUAUCAUAUACCUCGUUCGCCCAUCGCCAUUCUCCGCCCAGAAGACGUUCGAGCGGCACAACUCGCGCCGCAAGUCCAACAUAUCAUUCUGCUCCAAUAUCAAUCUAGCGGCGGCGGCGGCCGGUUCCCGGCGUGGAUCGGGCAUCGGACUGAACACCAUUGGUGGUCCUCAGCCGAUGUCAGGUUACGUAACGCCACGAGCUCCCCCGCUGGUCACAACAAAAUCGAAUUCUUUGUCUCUUCCAGAUAGUCCUAAUGCAAUGGGACAGAUGAGGGGACGAAGCAAUUCCCUCAGGAUCGACAGUGACAUACUAUUGAGGCGGUCUAACUCGCUGCGGCAGGGUCUUCCGAACAUCGGCAACACUGGCAGACGGAAAUCAUCGCUGGAGGAGAUCGGUAUCAGUCACUUUGCCACGCUGAUGCAAGCGACAAACCACAGCAAUCCGAUUAAAAUCGCUCUCAAUGGCAGCAUCGGACUGGAGGUUACACCUCCGGAGGAACCACUGCCCGUGAUUGGUGUGCCCGUGCCAACCGGUACCGGUGGCGGAGUGAAUCCAUCCGGGUUGGGUGCAACGAUGGGUUUAGGAGGUUCAACGCUCGGGCUGAGUACGAUUCAUGACUCGUCCAAUGGAAGCGGAAGCUCCAAUAGUGGUGGCGGAGGUGCCAGCGGUGGCUUGGUCGGCGGGUCCACGUCUAAUUUAUCCAACAUGCAAAACGAAUCCAGCAGCCAGCAGCCACAGCACCUUCAUGGCACGAUAGUAUGA